AUGCAGAGGAGAAGGGUUUCACAGGCAGAAUUACAAAGUUGUGAAGGUGUAGUGUUGUUUGGCACGAGAGAGCAUUUAGUUUCAUCCCGGCUUCCUCCCGCCGUCGGAUCGCCCUUCCACGGGGAGUACGAAAUGGUUACUGGCCAUAUUUGGACGUCUACAGGGAGUUACACAAUAGAACCGGCUGAGGAUUGGAGAGGGCACUCGGAGACACUCCUACAUGUCCUUAGCAAGAUUCCAGAGCUCGACCAUUCCUGUCACCACGGUGAGUAG